AUGCUAUCGAAUGCUUUGCAAGCAUAUUGCAGAUUGUACUUAGUGCAGUAUAUUACACUACUUUUUGCCGCAUUGUUCUUUGUCUACUCAGAAUUUGGGCUGGUGCCAAGAUGGAAAAACAUCAAGUUUCGACUAAAUGAUCCAAGCAUCUCAAAAACAUACACCGAAGACGAAGUGGUCAGUGGUACGGAAUGUAUUUUAUUGAGUCUUAUAAUAAGCAGUGCGGUUGUUUCAUGGUACUGUGUGGUCAACAAGAGUGCUAUACGUAAGCUUCAUGGCGGCUGGUUACAUUAUAAACCCGAGUGGAUAUCAAAAGAAUUUCAUUUUUAUCAUACAAGCUUACUAUGUCUGGGUUUGAUACUGGCAAUUAAUGGUGCUAUAACAAACGCUUUGAAGUUGCUAAUUGGUAACACACGCCCUGACUUCAUAGCGAGAUGCCAACCAGCAAAUGUUAAUUUAAAUGAAAAUGACGACACCUUUUUGACCUUGCAAAGUUGUCAACAGAGCGAUAAAGCAAUUCUUUAUGAAGGUUUGAAAAGUACGCCAAGCGGACACUCUAGUUUCAUUAGUUGUGGUCUGGGCUUUGCGUUCAUCUGGCAGUGUACGUACAUUACUGGCAGUUUUUAUAAACACCUUUGGUGCCCUGUCCUUGCCCUAAUAGUAAUGAUUUCUAGGAUCACUGAUCAUAGGCACCAUUGGUAUGACGUUCUAUCUGGCUUUACUCUAGGAUUAAGUGUUAUAUACGUCUGUUGGAAGUGGAUAUUCCAUCCAAAGGUAUCAACUACAUACUCUUUGCCAGGACCUAUAUCAGUUUAA